CAUGCUCGGGACCUUUGACUCAUAGAAGGCUCCUGGGAAAAGCGUCGGCAGCGCGAGAGGAGCCGGGGGAGCCGCGGGGUCCCGAGGGAGCUGCGGGGGACACGGAGGCGCUGCACGAGGAGAGCUGGGACAAGAUGCUCUCCCUGAAGAAGUACUUCACGGAAGGCCUGAUCCAGUUCACCAUCCUGCUGAGCCUGAUCGGCGUGCGCGUGGACGUGGACAGCUACCUGAGCUCGCAGCUGCCGCCGCUGCGGGAGAUCAUCCUGGGCCAGAGCUCGGCCUACACGCAGACCCAGUUCCACCACCUGCGCAGCACCUUGGGCGGCUAUGGCAUCCACCCCAAGAGCGUCGAGCUGGACUCCUACUUCAGCGCCCGCCGCCUGCUGAGCCAGGUGCGCGCCCUGGACCGGCUGCGCGUGCCCAGCACCGAGCUCAGCGCCUGGCUGGUGCACCGCGACGCCGAGGGCGCGCAGCCCGGCGCCGCCGGCGGCCUGCAGGACGGCGGCGCCGGCGGCGAGAGGGAGAGCGGAGCCGAGCAGGGCUUUGGGGAAGAGCUGGAGGAUUUGGGAGCCGUGGCGGCGCCUGUCAACGGGGAUCUCACCAAGGAGGACAUCGAUUUGAUUGACAUCCUGUGGAGACAGGAUAUUGAUCUCGGCGCUGGGCGAGAGAUUUUUGACUACAGCCACCGUCAGAAAGAGAGCGAAGUGGACAAAGAGCUGAGCGAUGGGAGGGAGCGCGGGGACAGCUGGAGGAGUGCAGGGAAUGAGGUCUUGGAUAGAAUCCCGCUAGUUGAUGGAGAGACCGGGGAGAGUUUCCCUGCGCAGGUGCCCGGAGCGGAGGAUCAGACAGCCCUGUCCCUGGAGGAGUGCCUUAGGCUGCUGGAGGCCACCUUCCCCUUCGGGGACAAUUCCGAGUUCCCAGCUGCGGAUGUCUCCGCCCUGAGCGAAGCCGUGCCCGGGCAGAGCCGGGCCCCGGGUGGCCCCCCCAGCCUGCUGUCCCCUCUGCUGGCCGAGACCGAGUCGCCCUUCGACCUGGAGCAGCAGUGGCAGGACCUGAUGUCCAUCAUGGAGAUGCAGGCCAUGGAGGUGAACACGAGCACGAGCGCCGAGAGCCUCUACGGUGGCACCGGCGGGGACCUCCUGGCGUCCAACUACAGCCUGGCCCCCGGCACGCCCAUCAACCAGAACGUCAGCCUGCAUCAGGCCUCGCUGGGCAGCUGCUCCCAGGACUUCUCCCUCUUCAGCUCGGACAUCGAGAGCCCCUCCAUGGCGGGCGGCUCGGCCCUGCUGCAGCUGGCGCCCGACAACUCCACCGGCCUCAACAGCACCUUCGGCUCCACCAACCUGAGCGGGAUCUUCUUCCCGCCCCAGAUGAACAGCACGGGUAACGAGACGGCCGGGCCCGAGCUGCCCGACCCCCUGGGAGGGCUGCUGGACGAGGCCAUGCUGGAUGAGAUCAGCCUGAUGGACUUGGCCAUCGAGGAGGGCUUCAACCCCGUGCAGGCCUCGCAGCUGGAAGAGGAGUUCGAUUCCGACUCAGGUCUUUCCCUGGAUUCCGGCCACAGCCCCGCGUCCCUGAGCAGCUCCGAAGCCUCGUCCUCAUCGUCCUCUUCCUCUUCAUCCUCCUCCUCCUCCUCGUUUUCCGAGGAAGGCGCCGUGGGCUACAGCUCGGACUCGGAGAACGUGGACUUUGAGGAAGCGGAAGGGGCGGUUGGCUACCAGCCAGAGUACAGCAAGUUCUGCCGCAUGAGCUACCAGGACCCGGCGCAGCUCCACUACCUGCCUUACCUGGAGCACGUCGGCCACAACCACACCUACAACAUGGCCCCGGGCGCCCUGGACCCCGAGGAGCCCAAAGCGCCCGGCGCCGGCAAGAAGAGCGGCAAGGAGAAACCGUCCGAGCUGCUGGACAAGCAGCUGAGCCGCGACGAGCACCGCGCCAGGGCCAUGAAGAUCCCCUUCACCAACGACAAGAUCAUCAACCUGCCCGUGGAGGAGUUCAACGAGCUCCUGUCCAAGUACCAGCUGAGCGAGGCCCAGCUCAGCCUCAUCCGCGACAUCCGCCGGCGCGGCAAGAACAAGAUGGCCGCCCAGAACUGCCGCAAGAGGAAACUGGACACCAUCCUCAACCUGGAGCGCGACGUGGAGGAGCUGCAGCGCGACAAGUCCAAACUGCUCAGGGAGAAGGUGGAGUUCCUCAAAUCCAUCCGGCAGAUGAAGCAGAAGGUGCAGAGCCUGUACCAGGAGGUGUUCGGGCGGCUGCGGGACGAGCAGGGCCGGCCCUACUCGCCCAGCCGGUACGCGCUGCAGUACGGCAGCGACGGCAGCGUGCUGCUGAUCCCGCGCGCGCCCGCGCCCGCCGAGCCGCAGCCGCGGCGCCAGGAGCGCAAGCAGAAGGACAGGAGGAAGUGAAGGCGGCGGCGGAAGGGAGAGCUGGGAUGAGGGCCGAGCCUGGAAGUGCUUGCGGAGGGAACUUUGAUGCCUUCUUAUCCGAUUCUGUCUUCUGGAACCGCACGCGGCGCCGGCGGCGCGCGCCGGGGACUCUGCGGGAGCGGCCGUCCCGAAGCGGGGGACGGAGCCCAGCCCAAGCCCAGCUGCCACCGGCCACCCCCGGGGUGCUGGGAGAGCAGGGACGAGCUGGCAUCGCUGCUGGGGAGGUUGGCACGAGGUGGAUAAAACAAAAAAAAAAAAAAAAAAAAAAAAAAAAAAAACCCCCAAAAAAAAAAAAACUACUAGUAA